GCGGCUGGGGUCCCACCUUCCGCUCCUCCCCUUCCCCAACUGUCCGCGAGGGGAGAGCGGAGCGGCCUUCGCCAGCCCGGGCUGGGCGGGCCGCAGAGGCUUCUCGGCAAGCCAGGAUGCGGGGCCUGGCCGGACGCAGCGCUGCCCUCCUGCUCCUGGCGCUCCUGCAGCCUGGCCGGGCCUUCUGGCUCCUCAACAUACUCUUCCCGCCCAGCACCACCCCAGAAGCCGACUCCGCCAACGGGACGUCCCCCGUGGUGCUGGUGCCCGGGUUCCUCGGGAAUCAGCUGGAGGCUAAGUUGGACAAGCCAGAUGUGGUGAACUGGAUGUGUUAUCGCAAGACUGAUGAUUAUUUUACCAUCUGGCUGAACCUCAACAUGUUCCUGCCUUUUGGAGGGGACUGUUGGAUCGACAACACAAGAGUGAUGUACAACAAAACCACCCGGAGCAUAACCAACGCCCCUGGAGUCCAAAUCAGAGUCCCUGGGUUUGGCAAGACCUUUUCCGUGGAAUACCUGGAUGAUGGCAAAUUGGCCGGCUACAUGCACACGCUGGUGCAGCACCUGGUCAACAAUGGUUACGUGCGGGAUCAGACCGUGAGAGCGGCUCCCUACGACUGGAGGCUCAACCCCACCGAGCAAGAGGACUACUUUUGCAAGCUGCGGGGCCUCAUUGAAGAGAUGUUUGAAGCCUACCAGAAGCCAGUUUUCCUGAUUGGCCACAGUCUUGGCAACCUCCACAUCCUCUCCUUCCUGGUCCAGCAGCCGCAGGCCUGGAAGGACCGUUUUGUCCAAGGCUUCAUUUCCCUCGGAGCCCCCUGGGCUGGAUCUGUGAAAUCCAUGCGGACCGUGGCCUCGGGUGACCUUCAGGGCAUUCCUAUUAUGUCCAACAUUAAAUUGCGUGAAGAAAAGCGAACAUCCACCAAUAGUCCCUGGCUGUUCCCCACCCACACAGCCUGGCCGGAGACACACGUCUUCAUCUCCACCCCCUUCUACAACUACACCUACCGGGAUUACCAGCAGUUCUUCAGCGAUAUCCACUACGAAGACGGCUGGCUCAUGUGGAAUGACAGCAAGGAGCUGAUGGUACAGCUGCCAGCCCCGGGCGUGAAGGUCUAUUGCCUGUUUGGCACCGGGCGCCCCACUCCGGAGACCUACAUUUACGACGACCGCUUUCCCUACGAGGACCCGGUGGACAUUAUCUAUGGGGACGGGGAUGAUGUGGUUAGCUGGCGCAACAUAGAGCUGUGCAAGGCCUGGCGCAACCAGCAGGAUGAGAAGGUCCAUGUCCAGGAACUGCCUGGAGCUGAGCAUCUCAACAUGGUCUUUGACAACCGUACCCUACAAUACAUCAGUGAAAUCCUGUUUGGGAACCUGGAGAACGUGACCGCUGCCCAAGACCUGGGGGGAAGAGCCCCCUGAGCCCCCACGCAAAGGGAAGCCCUGCUGUGUGGGGAGAGAACAUGAGCCACAGCACGGAAGCUUUCCCUGUGCUGGAGAGACGCAGGGGUUGGCUGGGCCCCCAGUGUUUGGCCAUUAAUAUCCUAGUCCCCAUUUCUCCACCGUAUUUUCAAGAGACAGUCCAAGAAGCCCAGAGCACUCAUAACUGCUUGCAGGCUUCUGCAGAGCAGCAGCAACUUCAGAAAUCCUCAUGGUGUGUGGCAAAGACCUUGGAAGGCUGGGCCUGGAGAGGUUGCCAAAGGAGCCGUCAGAGAAGAGACGGCAGAGCCUGCAGCUGUAUGGUGGGUGGAGCAGGAGACCCAGAAGAGACCCUUUCUACUUUCUCAGGCUGUAAAGGAGACAGUGGGAGAUUUGUACUUGCAGACUUGCAAGUUUCUCUUAAUAUAAUUUUGCAAUAAAGUAG